AUGGUGCUCUCCAUUGUGUAUUCUCCCGUAGAUGUCGUCGCAUCGCCCGCCGUUGAUAUUGUGGCCGUCCACGGCCUGGGCGGCGACGCCAUCCACACUUGGACACACCCAAAGUCCAAGGCCAUCUGGCUGAAAGACUUCCUCCCCGCGCAGAUCCCGAAUGCGCGUAUCAUGACCUUCGGCUACAAUGCGGCCAUGGCGUUAGGACAGUCGACGGCGGAAGUGAUUGAUCAUGCCAGAAGCUUGUUGGCUAGUUUGGUGGACAAGAGAGAAGAGCCGGAGGAGAUCCAGCGUCCACUGAUAUUCAUUGCACACUCUCUCGGCGGAAUCGUGGUCAAACAGGCUCUGCUACAAGCACGGCUAGAGUCACGGUACCACUGCAUCAAGGAUGCCACGCGAGGUCUCAUCUUCCUCGGCACGCCUCACCGUGGCAGCGAGAAGGCCACGUACGGGAAAGUGCUGGCGAAUGUGGCCCAGUUUGUGACCUCUCGACCCCCGGCACGUCUCUUAAAGGCGCUCGAAACGAACUCGGCGACCCUUCAGCGGCUGACCGCCGAUUUCCGCCAUCAGUUACCCGACUACCAAGUGUACAGCUUCUAUGAGCAGCGGCCGAUGAAGGGCUUUUCCAACCUGAUUGUCGAGAAGUAUUCCGCUCUCCUCGACGUCAACCACGAGGAACAGAUUCCGGUCGACUCGGAUCACAGUGCAAUGUGCAAAUUCGAAACCGAGAGUGACGAUACCUUCGAGAAGGUCUACAAGAGAGUCAGGCGGAUGAUGAAGACAGAACCGCCGCCGAAGGCCGUCGACCCGGCAGACAGCCAGUCAACCUUGGUUCCACAUCCACCAGUGGACGACCCGUACCACGCCCUCCCUCCCUCGGUCGGUGAUUCCGGUUCCAGUCCCAGUCCCAAUUCCAACUCUAGCGACCCAACUGCCAGCAACUCACUGACUGUGGCUGAUCUCGCGCUUCAAAUCCCGACGUUCCUCUCGGAUUUCGCCAAAGUGAUGAAAUGCAUCCAAGACGUGCAGAAGGAGUAUAUUGUGCCUCCCACGUUGAUGGCUUCGGUGGCGGCGCAGUGCCACGGAAUCCAGACCGCGAUGGCCCGACUCCAGCGACUCGACGUUCAAGGAGCCGUGGCCUUCAAGAACGAGCACCAACGCAUCGUCCACGUGCUGCAAACCAUCGUCAUCGGCUGCAAGGGCGCGCUGUCCCUGAUCGAGGAGUAUAUUCUGGAUUUCCGCGCCACGGCAGGAAAGCAGAUUGCGAACCAGGAGAAGAUCGACGCAAAGUUGGAGGCGGUCUGGAAGGGCGAGGACAUUGAGGAGCUCCUAUCGCAACUGGACGGAUACCAAACCGGGCUCACCAAUCUGUUGGUCGUCUCGCAGAGUACCUCGAUCCACGAAAUACACUCGCUCCUCACCGACCAGAUCUUCGCGCUCGACGACUUGAUCGAGCGAUCUCGGAUAUCUUGGAACAAGAAACCUUCGACCAUGACGCCGUCCGGCUCUCUCCGGUUCAGCAUCCUGACUCACAGCGACAACUUUUCCACCACAGCCAUACACACGGAUCGAGAAUGUGACGAGACGCCUGAAUCGUUGAUGCCGCUGGAUCAUGAGAUUGCCAACUCGAGAGCCUAUAGGCGGGUCAUGUUUCGAAACCUCCGUCAACGAUCCAGAGGCAUCGGCAUCGACGCGGCUCGGACCAUGCAGAAAAAGACGGCCGCCAGCUCUCCUCUCCCGACCAUAGCUUCAACCAGUCAGGAAUCUCUCGUACACAGCUCCGACGGAACGAUAUCACGGUAUUCUCCCCUGGGGGGCGAAUCAUCCAACUAUAGUAACAGCAACAGCAACAGCAACAUCCACAGCAUUCAAGUCCAGGUGCAACAGCCGGAUGGGCCUGUCAAUCGACUUGACACAGAGGGAAUCGCAAGUCGCACCUCAACUCCAACUCCGACGAACAUGUCUCUUGGACUCACGAGUGGACUCAUGAUACAGCGCCCACAGAACAGACCAAGAAACUUUUCUCGACUCGAUUGGGUGCCCAGGCAGCCCGAGCAACACCCUGACACUGUCUCGUCUUUGCCUGCUGCAGAGUCGGACCUUGCGUUCCCAGUCUCCGACGACAAGGCCGUUAGUGGUCCAGAAACGAGCAGCUCCUCGUCAGCCGCGCGUCAACUGUAUAAAUUGAUUCUCCUCGGCGGCGGUGCGGUGGGGAAGUCUCCGCUCGUACUUCAGUUUCUUCAUCCCGGAAUGAUCUUUGCUUCGGGGGAUAAUUGGGACCCGACCAUCGAGGACAGCUACCGGGCCGAGUGCAGUGUGGACGGCAAGCGCGUGUCUCUCGACAUCGUCGACCACUCGGGCCAGAUGGAGUAUUCGGGCCUGUGGGAGGAGCAUAUCCGGACGUGCGACAGUAUCAUGCUCGUCUACAGCAUUACGUCGCGCAGCUCGUACGAGGAAGUGUUGUAUUUCAUCGAGCAGAUCCCUCGGCUCCAUCAGACUCUGAAUCGGAACGACGAGCGCCUGCCCCUAAUCUUGGUGGGCAACAAGUGUGAUUUGGGAGGGCACCGGGAGGUGUCGACGGCCGAAGGGCAGAGCCUGGCCGACAAUAUCAUGUGUCCGUUCUUCGAGACAUCGGCCAUGUCCAACAUCAAUGUGCAGGAGGCCUUUCAUGAAGCCGUUCGGGAGAUUCAAAGAAGUCGCGAAAGUUUUAUCGACUGGAUGAUCGGCAGCUUUGCGAGGGCCACCGGACGCCUGCACUUGAAUCUACGAGGUGUAUAG